AUGACAAAAAGUGGAAGAUACAACAAUAAGGUUUUUGAUAUGGUGGUUCCUAAUGGUUGUAGGUGGAGCUUCUGCGAUGGUAAACUUUAUAAAAAUCCAAACCAAUAUGUUACCAUUUCCUCAAAUUAUCUUCGAAACGAGAUGUUCAGAUUUAUUGAUGAAUAUGAGCCCGAAAAGAUGCAUCAUACGGCUACACAAAUAAUGAAAAUGAAAUAA